AUGGGGCCACUGACACCUCAUGCCACUGAGGUCUUCGAUGAGAUUAAGAAACAGGCUGCUGAAAUGUCUGUUUUAAUGGUUGAUUCAGACAAGUAUCAAGUAACAGGUCCAAGAUCACAGUGUGUUGUGAAUGUUAAACAUAAAGCUUGUGCAUGCAGGAAGUGGGAUUUGACAGGGAUGCCUUGCAAACAUGCAGUUGCAGCCAUAUGGGAUAUGUCAAGGAAUAGCAUUGAUGUUGGCAUACCAGAAGAGUGGGUUUCUGAUGUGUAUUGGCUGUCAACAUGGAAGAAAGUUUAUGACAAUGUGAUAGAGCCAAUCAACGGGCUGGACAUGUGGACUCCUUCAUAG